AUGGAAGUCUUCAUGGAUGACUUCUCAGUUUAUGGAGACUCCUUCACUCAUUGUCUCCAUAACUUGGAGCUCAUUUUGAAGAGGUGUGAAGAGACUAAUCUGGCACUCUGCUGGGAGAAGUGCCAUUUUAUGGUCCGUGAGGGGAUUGUGCUCCGGCACAAGAUCUCCAAGCAGGGGAUUGAGGUGGAUCGCGCGAAGAUUGAGACGAUCAGUAAGCUACCUCCUCCCGUUUCUGUGAAGGGGAUUCGCAGCUUUCUGGGUCAUGCAGGCUUCUACCGGCGCUUCUUCAAAGAUUUCUCGAAGAUUGCCCUGCCUCUGACCAAGCUGCUAGAGAAGGAUGCACCAUUUCACUUCACUCCUGAGUGCACAGCAGCAUUCGAGACUUUGAAGGAGAAGCUCACCCACGCUCCCAUCAUAGUGACUCCUGAUUGGUCUCUACCCUUUGAGCUGAUGUGCAAUGCGAGUAACUAUGCAAUCGGAGCUGUUCUGGGUCAGAGACGCGGGAAGCACUUCCAGCCCAUCUACUACGCGUCAAAGACCUUGAACGAUGCACAGGAGAAUUACACCACCACUGAAAAGGAGCUCCUCGCUGUGGUGUAUGCAUUUGACAAGUUCCGGCCAUAUCUGGUGCUCUCCCAUGUGGUGGUUUACACAGAUCACUCGGCGAUUCGCUACUUGAUGAGCAAGGCUGAUGCAAAGCCUCGGCUCAUCCGCUGGAUCCUGCUUCUGCAGGAAUUCGACAUAGAAAUCCGGGACAAGAAAGGAGCCGAGAAUGUUGCUGCAGAUCAUCUUUCACGGUUGGAAGCCCCUCCGGUGGACAACUUCGUGGAAGAGAUCGAUGACUCCUUCCCGGGUGAGCGAUUGCUGGCGAUGACACUGGUGGACAACGUGGCCCCUUGGUAUUCUGACUUUGCCAAUUAUCUGGUGGGCAAGCAGUUACCCAAGGGGAUGGCUACUCAUGCAAAGCGCAAGUUCUUCUCCGAUCUGAAGCAUUACUUCUGGGAGGAUCCUUACCUCUUCAGUAUCGGAGCAGACGGCGUGAUCCGGCGCUGUGUCAUGGAGCACGAGAUGGGAGACAUCCUGUCUCAAUGCCACGAGGGACCUACUGGAGGUCACCAUGGAGGAAACCGCACGGCGCAGAAGGUGCUACAGUCGGGCUUCUAUUCCCUCGCUCUUCAAGGAUGCAGACUCCUUCGCACGCCAGUGCGACCGCUGCCAAAGGUCAGGUAA